AAGUUUGAGUCUUUGGUGGCAAAGUUUUAGUCUUUGGAUCACAGAUCGAAUUUGGGGUGAAAUCAGAGGUGGUUUGAUGGUUUUUUGAAGGGUUUUGUUGACUUUUUUUGGAACACAGAAUUUGAUCACUGAGAAAAAAAAAAUCAGAUUUUUGGUGAACGGUGCAUGAGGAUAUAAACACUGUGUGAGUUUCAGUGAAAAGCUUUGUGGGUUUUGGGAUUUGAAGUUUGAGCUUUUGGUUUUCAGAGGACUUGUAUGUGUGAACUUUAGGGUCCUCUGCUCAGCUGUGGAGGAUUCCUAUUUUAGUUAAGCAAUACAAAAAACAGGGAUUGGGGAUUUGAAUUUGAUGUUGGAUUUGGGAAGUGUUAGUGGAUUGUGAUUAACAGUAAUUGGUUGGUGGAGUUGGGUUUUGAGUUUGCAGUUUGUGUGAAAAUUUUAGACUAAGUUUUAUCUAGUUUGGUUGGAAAUGUUUGGUUCUGGCAGUACGGCGUACCAAAGCAGAGGACUUCCCGGACCCAUUUUAAUUCCGACCCGGUUUGUCUGGCCUUAUGGGGGAAGGAGGGUGUUUCUCAGUGGCUCUUUUACAAGGUGGGAAGAACAUAUACCUAUGUCACCUAUGGAGGGGUGUCCUACUGUGUUUCAAGUUGUUUGGAACUUAACUCCAGGAUAUCACCAGUACAAGUUCUUUGUUGACGGAGAAUGGCGACAUAAUGAGCACCAGCCUUUUGUAACUGGGAAUUUUGGAACAGUGAAUACUGUCUUUCUACAAGGGGAGCCAGAUAUAAUUCCAUCUAGUUUCAGUCCCGAGACUUCUGGCAGAGCCAAUAUGGAUGUAGAUAAUGAAGUCUUUACACAUAUGGAAGUAGCUCCUAGGAUCUCGGCGGCUGAUUUGGAGGUCUCUCGUGAUCGUAUUGCAGUGUUUCUAUCCACACAUAAAGUUUACGAACUGCUUCCUGAGUCAGGCAAGGUCAUCGCCUUGGAUGUCGGUUUGGCAGUGAAGGAAGCAUUCCAUAUCCUAUAUGAACAGGGAAUACCUGGGGCUCCUCUAUGGGAUUUUGAGAAGGGACAAGUAGUAGGUGUUCUUAGCGCGUUGGAUUUCAUUUUAAUUUUGAGAGAGCUUGGGAAUCAUGGGUCAAAUAUUACGGAGGAACAGCUGGAGACUCAUACUAUAGCAGCAUGGAAAGCGGGGAAAUUAAAUUUGAACAGACAACUUGAUGGAAAUGGGAGAUACUAUCCGCCACAAUUGAUCUCUGCCGGGCCAGAUGAUUCUCUCAAAGAAGUUGCUGUCAGAAUUCUUCAAAACAAGGUGGCCACAGUUCCAGUUGUUCAUAAGACCUCAGAGGAUGGUUCAUUUCCACAGCUAUUGCAUAUUGCCUCCCUUGCGUGUAUACUAAAAUGCAUAUGCAGGCAUUUCAGAUAUUCUUCUAGCUCCCUGCCAAUACUCCAACAUCCUAUAUCAGAAUUCCGUAUCGGUACAUGGGUUCCAAAUAUUGGGGAGUCAAAUGGAAGGCUUCUGGCAAUGUUGAGACCAAAUUCAUCUCUUGCUGAUGCCCUGUCUUUGUUGAUACAAGCUGAAGUUAGUUCAAUACCCAUAGUGGACGAGACUAACUCGUUGCUGGAUGUUUAUUCACGAAGUGAUAUUACGGCUUUGGCAAGAGAUAGAGCUUAUACACAGAUUCGCCUUAAUGAGUUAACUAUCUAUCAGACCUUGCAACUUAGGCAAAAUGCAAAUUCUCCUCAUGGCCGUGUUCAGAAAUGUCAUAUGUGUUUGCGAUCCGAUCCUCUGCAUAAAGUGAUGGAGCGGUUGACCGAACCAGGGGUCAGGAGACUUGUGAUUGUGGAGGCUGGAAGUAAGCGUGUAGAGGGCAUCAUUUCAUUGAGUGAUGUGUUGAAUUUCUUACUAGGUUUAGCUUAAAUAGGCUUUGCGGCAGUGGAUUCUGAGGCCAUUUUUUUGUUCUUUUGGACACUAUGUCAUACACAUGCUGAGUGGGUUCCUUUAAUCACUCAAAGUCAUGGGCCUCAUGUUUCUGAGCCCCACAGGCAUUUCAUGGAGGAAAAAGGAAAAGAAUCUGUAAAUUAUGAGAUUCAAUUUUUUCCCUUUCAUUGGUUUAGACCUAUAAUUAUAAUCGGGGGUGUUAAUAUCAGGUUUGAAAUUCCUCUUGUUUGUUA